GAAAUGUAUGGGAGCUUCUGUUAUCAGAAUGCUGGGUGAGGUGGAGGUGAGGGUUCAAGGACACGAGUUGUAAUGGUUUCCGCCGGACCGCCUUUUGCCCCUUGGGGCAUCCCUCUCGCCCUUACCACCAUCAACACUACGCAACGAGCUGCAAGCUGUACAACAAAGCUCGAUCGCCGCACGAAGGAGCGAAGGCAGAGCGACACCAUAGGCAAACCCUUUACUUUCCGGUCGAAAAGCCUUUCUGUGCGUCUCGGCCGUCAUAAUGUCAGGAGAAGAGGCAAGUCGAGUCGGAGAGCGUAAUGUGGACGGAUCGUCUUCCUGCUCGCCGCCUGAUGUCAGACCCAGAUGGUUCUACUCUUCUGAAAAGUCUUGGAUCGACUUUGAUGAGAGAGAUCAGCAAGCCUUGGAGGCACGCUUCCAACAGCUGGGUGGAGCAGAGUGGCACAGCGAGAUCAAGGCGCAGCAUACAGACAACGAUGAGAGCGAGUCGGAUCACACGGGCACCAGCGAUGAUGAUGACGAUGAGGCCGAAGGCUCGAGCUCAGACACACGCAAGGGAGAGCAAGAUUCGACCUCAAAGCCUGACAGUGACGAGCAAAACGGACUAGGCUCGAUGCUCACAGGCCUGAUCUCUGGCAACGCCUCCGAUCACAAGAGCACAGAUGCAUCUCGUAAGCUGGCGGACCAAGCCAAGAGCAUCCCUCCGAUUCGUACAGUCUCUCACAACCUCAAAAAAGCCCAGAAAAGAUCCAAAUCUAAGGAGCCGGAAGUGGUGAGAGCUGUGCUGGAUCCUGAUGAGCCAGAAGAGGAGAGCAGGACCAGAGUGGCGGUGCUGGAGGACAAGCUGUUCGAUGUGAACCUGGAAAGUAUGGAUCUCUAUCCAGUCUUCUGGAAGGGAGUAAAGCUGCGCGUGGUGCGGGCAACCUGGUUCUACUCUGCAGCUUCAGACGGAGGCUACGCGCCAAUAGCCUACGACGAAGCCCUAGCUCGGGACUUGGACAACGCCUACACGGCCGUCAAGCCAUGGCAAAAGUUGGCGGGCCAAGAGAUCGACGUUGAUAACGGUGUGACUCAAGACAGCUCUCAGAAACAGCAGGGCGAUGAAGUCGACGACGACGAGCUUUACGAACUUCCCUCACUAAAAGCUCAAGGGAGGGUACACUUCGAAAGCCCUGUGGGAGGUCGCAUCUUCACCGAGGACCUUUCGGGAAGAUUGCUGUCGAUGGUCGGCGGAUCUCACGUAAUCAGGGGUUUCGAUGAGGCAGAGAGAUUAGCGAAGGCAGGUGGGGCGUUGAACCAGCUUCCCGCCUUCACUUUGCCUUUCGCCAAAGGCUCUGAUCCUGAUGAUGAAGAGCAGGAUGCAGCGGGAGAUGAAGACGAGGGCGUAGAUGGCGGGGCGGAAAGGCGAGGCGCUCGGCACGCUAGCAAGCGUGCGGGAGCUGCUUCUAGGCCUGGCAAGCCCUCCGCUCAGGAGCCUGAAUCUACAAACGCAGGCAACGAAGAGUCGGGAGGAUUCAUGUCGAAAUUGGUACCUUCGAGCGGAUGGCUGAGACCCGACGUUGCGCUCUUGAGGACCCUGGGGUAUGGAAAGGAAGAUGCGGAAAGGGAAGCCAAAAGAGACCAGAGACAAAAGAACACGGAAGACUCUGCAAAGACGGGAACGAAGAGAAAAGGCGAGGAGGAAAAAGGGGAGUCUGAGGAGGACGAGACAGAGGAGGAUAGGAAAGACGAACCCCCAUCGUUGGUCCUGUGCAUACAUGGUAUCGGCCAGGGUCUAGUGGAGGAUUUUGAUGCCCUCGACUUUGUCUACGAUGUUGAACGUCUGCGCAAACAGGCGAAGUCGAGCGCGAGCGACCCUGCUCUCAAGAGAUUGUCGAGAGGCAGAAGAGCGCAGUUUAUACCCAUUUCUUGGAGACAAGGCUUGACAUUCCAAUCGAGUAAUGAACAGAAUGAUAAUGAAUAUGGGCUGUCUGAUAUCAGCAACAGCGCCGCGAUACCGUUGGUGCGGAACGUCAUCAGCAAAGUCAUUCUGGAUGUGCCAUACUAUCUCAGUCACCACAGACAAAAGAUGAUUGCUGCCGUAAAGAGCGAGCUCAAUAGAACGUACCGACUGUGGUGCAAAAGAAAUCCCGACUUUCUUGAGAAGGGUGGACGAGUCUCGAUGAUAUGUCACUCCUUGGGUAGCGCCCUAGCAAUGGACAUUCUUUCGCAGCAGCCCACAACAGUCGCGCCGUUACAUCAGAGAAGUGAAGAAGAAUUGCGCUCCAAUGAACACUUAGUGUUCGACGUCGCGAACCUGUUCCUCAUCGGUAGCCCGUGCGGAUUCUUCUUGCAUCUGGGAGCUGGCCAGCUCAUUGCUAGGCGCGGCACCAAGCGCACGAGAGAUGUCGCUGGAGAUGCUGCACUCGAAGAAGCAGGACGUUACGGCUGUCUGGCUGCUGAGGCAGUGUACAACUGCUACAACACGACGGAUCCUGUCGCCUACCAGCUCAACGCCACUGUCGAUCGUGAAUAUGCGUCUUUGAUGCGGCCCGUUUCGAUUCCGGACGCAACGGAUGCUUUGCUAGACUCUCUGUCCCUGCCCCGUCUAUCGGUGUCUAAGCUCUUCGAUCCAGAUCGGCCUUUCUCUAGUGGGGAGGAUGCCUAUGCCAAAGCAAAUGUGCAGCCGACCACGUCGGCCUGGGAGGAGAACCAAAAGAGAAGGGGCAAAGGCGGUGCGAGCAAGAAGGGCAAGAGCGAAGAAUCCAAGCUGGCCAACGGCGCGGUUAUCGUGGAGCAGGGCGAGACGCUGAAGAAGAUGCAGCCUCAGAUGCAGGCUCGUCAAGCAGGUCGCAGUGCUUAUCCUAUUGAUGUCAAAAGACUAGAGAAAGCUGAGCGGCGAUUCCGUGCACUCAACCCCCAUGGCGCGAUCGACUUCUUUUUCGAAACCAAAGGAUUCAACGAGUAUUUGGACAUGCUCUCGGCUCAUGUCAGCUAUUGGACCUCUCCAUCCUUCUCACGCUUCGUGCUGUCGCAGCUUUGGACGGACUAUGCUGGACCAGAGAGCGAGCGACAAGACGCUUCGGGGCAAGAGCCGCCGCCUACGAUUGUUCCUCAGCUCGAUGUAGAUGUGCCAAAGGAGAGGGAAGAGGAGCAAUCCAAACAGGAGAAGCAACAAACUUAGGAGCAUGAGCUCCGCCGCAUACGACCUACCCUUGGGGAGCUGUCAAGCGGUCGCAAAGAAGACUGUUCGUUGCUUUGCAAGGUUUGCGCUCAACCAACAUCGCGUAGAUGCUUAUUUCAUAGAGUCGACCCGCCGCCACAGCGCUGCUUGACGAAGACGCCGCCACGUGCACUGACUAGUCCACGGCAAGCAGAGCGGCUCAUCUCGCUUUCAGGCGAUGCGUUGGCGUCCACAUUUGCCUUUCUUGCGAACGCUGGGUGGCUUGCGAUUUGUCCCCCCGAAGAGACAUGAUCGCAGCCGCUAGUUGACACACCGCAGUCCGCGCCGCACUUCAUCAGCGAGUAGACGCAAGACCAGCGAAUGCUGGGAUCGCGCAAGCUCGAUGUUCGAAGAGCCAAGACAAGCGCGGAGUCCCAGCUUUUGCGUCUAAGCAUCGAUUUGUCCAGCCCAGAUGCUCUUUCUUGUCCCUCACAGGCUGCUCUUCAAACUGCAA